AUUUAAAGAUAUUUAUUUUAUCUCUUUUUUUCUUUUUCUUUUUUUUUGUUGAAAAAAGAAAGCUUAUUCACAAGAUUGUAUUUCGUUAGGAUAACUGAAAAAAGGGCAAUAUGCUUUUUACUUUCUUGACAUAUUGCGUUGUUAUCAUUUUCAUUCUAUGCGCUCGUGCUCAGCAACUACACGACGCAGCAGCUGUCUUUAUAGUGCAGGCGCCUCUUGAUGCAUGGAUUGCUCAGCAAGAGAAAACCAGUCUUGAAAUGAUGCUAAAAAACAUCAAUCCACCAGGAACGAGAAGAGGGUUCUACGCUGCUUCUCUAUCGACUUCAUGGCCGGAUUAUUACUAUACAUGGACGAGGGAUGCCGCUUUGGUGGCUCGUGUAUUAGCGUCUGUCUUGCCAGAUACAGACACAAAUGUAUUGAAGGAUUACGUUGAUUUCCAAGUCCAUGUUCAAAAAGAGACUUUGUCUACAGUGUGUCAAUGUUUAGGCGAGCCCAAGUUUAAUCCAGAUGGAACGGGUUUCAUGGGUUCAUGGGGAAGACCUCAGAACGAUGGCCCUGCAGAAAGGAUCAUUGCUUUCAUUGCUAUUGCUCGUCGAUUUUCGGAUGAGACAGCUUAUAUUGAUACUGUCCUCCAACCGGCCAUUCAAACGGAUAUGGACUAUUUGAGACAGCAGUGGCAAACACCUUGCUUUGACUUGUGGGAAGAAGUCGACGGCGUUCAUUUUUAUACAUUGAUGGUCAUCCGUCGAGCCUUGUUGGACGCUAUGGAAUUUUUGAAUAAAACAGAUCAACCUACAGUGCAAGUGGUGGAGGCGAUUGAAACACAAUUGGAAACGUUAUUUUGGUCAUCGAGUGAAAAUUAUAUCAAGGCAACCCAUCAUGCGCGAAAUGGUGUGACAAAACAAUCUGGAUUAGAUGUAUCGACAUUAUUAGCUGCCAAUUAUUUGGCUUAUCGUGACGAUGGUUUCUUUACACCUGGCUCUGAUAAAAUAUUAGCCACGGCUGUAGCUCUUGAAAAUGCCUUUCAAUCGUUGUAUCCUCUCAACCAGAACAAUGCGGAUACCCAUCUAGGCACGUCCAUUGGUCGAUAUCCCGAAGAUAUCUACGAUGGCUAUGGUACUUCCAUAGGAAAUCCAUGGUUCCUUGCCACCGCGGCUUAUACUGAGCUCUACUAUUUAGCCAUCAAAGAAUGGAAAAGACAUGGAUUGGUUAUCACUGCGGUGAAUAAGCCUUUUUUUGAUCGCAUCAUGAGCAGCAGCUGUAGUAGUCAAUGGGAUGUCCUUUGUCAACAGUCGGACGACGGUUAUAACUAUUACUUGGCCCCAGAUAGCCAGCCUUUGCAAGACAUUAUAGAUAAGACCAAGGAAGCGGCCGAUAAAUUCUUGGCAACCAUCCAAUUUCAUCAACAUAGAAAUGGUUCCAUGUCUGAACAGUUUGAUAGAUACACAGGCUAUAUGAGAGGUGCAAGAGAUUUGACAUGGUCUCAUGCUGCUUUUAUAAGUGCUAUUCAAGCUAGAUCAUCAAAAGCCGUCUCUUGAUCUUUUAGCGAAAGGGGGUUAUCGUGGUCUGCCCUUGAUUUACACUAUUAGAAAGAAAAGAACGUCCUAUUCAUAUUUUUGGAAGAAAUGAAAAAAAAAAGAACUGUCUCCAUCCCUUUUGAAAACACAAUGAAAGUCAAGUAUAAAAAGGCUAAUAAUCAAACUAGCUCAAAGCCAUUACUGUGCUUUAUUAUGUUGAUAAAUAAGUAGAUUAAUGAGACAGUCAACAAAAUGUUGUAUUAAGAGAGAAAAAAAAAAAAAAAAAGAAUUGUUAUAUAUGUAUAUAUACACAAAAUAGUAAGAGUCGACUAAAAAAACACUGAGGGAUAUGCUGGCGAUUGGCGUG